CAUCCUGCUGGUCAUACUACUUACAUCAUCUCACACUUGAUAUACCUUGCCCCAGAAAUGUUGUCAAAACAUUCGAAAUUCCAGGCCGAAUGCCUAGACCAAGACGCCUCUCUCUUUUUCACUCGCCUUCCAAGGGAGAUCCGUGACCUUAUCUACCAGCAGUACCUCGCUAUCGAUGCCAUCACAGAUGGCGUCUCAACGAACCAGCCCGAACACCUGUUUCUCAACGACGACCAACCUUACGAGGGCGAUGGCAUACCGCUUGAAGCUAGCUGCCAGAAAAUAUUGUCGGAAAUGCGAUGUGUGAGGCGGCUGCGGGAGGUGGCCAUGACCUUCUACUCGCCUUGGAAUUUCCGGCUCCAACUCGCAGUAAAAGGCCGUCUUGACUGGGCUUGCGUCCAGAAGAUUCGCCUUCAACUCCGUAACGAGGAUAGGUUCGACAUCACAGGCGCAGAGUUCACCAAGAAAGCCCUGUUGCGGACGAGAAAGCUGAAGAUUUUGUAUAUUGACUGCUCCGCAUUCCACGAGGCCUCCAACAGAGCAAUUGAACCCAAUAUAAUCAUCUCUAGCGCGGAUCCCAGUUCCCAGGACGACGAAGAUGAAGCGGAUGGUGAACUUUUUGCAAAAUUACAUUGGAUAGAAAGCUUGCUCGCUGAUUGUGGCAUGCAGCUAGAAAGGCUGGAAAUGGUGGUACUCAAAGGCAAAGGCUGCUAUCCAACGUUCUGGCCGCAGCAGGUCAGGCAAUUUGUCAAUGACAAUGUCGAGGUAAUAGAACUAGACUAGACCUGUGCCACAUUGGCGGGGACGCGGCACCAGACCUUUUUCAGUCAAUUUGGACCUUCUAGAAAAAUUUGGCUUUCGGCGCGCACCACCAAGCACCCACCCAUCAUGAUUAACCAAAAAAAAAAUAACCUAGGAGACAGCUAACAAUCUAAUCAAUCAAUGAGUUAAGGUUACUUAGUCUUGAAGAGUAUCGCUAUUUGCACGGAUAGAAAUAUCUAUUUGUACGAAUAUGUCACUAGUUCAUAGCUGACCCAAUUCGGGGCGAGUGCCAUUCGACUAGCCUGCGACAGUCAUAUUCCAGUGCAACCGAAUGAAGAAAAGGUAAUCAU